CGCAGAGCUGUUUCUGUCUCUCUCUGUCUGUCUUCUUUCCUUCUGUCUUUCUCUCUUUCUGAGUGAUUAAAGCUGGAUUGAAAAGCCAAGAGAGACGACUGGGAGGAUUAAAAGAAGUGCGGAAAGAAGGAGGAGAGGGUUUUCUUUUGGAGGUAACCCGGAGGAUUUGGGGCUCGGAUGUGCGCUUGGAUCAUCAACCUGUUGGAGUUGAGAAGGAGAAGGAGAAGGAGCAGCUCUUCAUUUCUGCGGAGUGUGGAGGAGGUGAUGCUGAAACUCACUACAGUCUAACCUGUACCUGGCCUUUCACACCGUACAGGCACCAUGCACGUGUCUCUGGCCGAGGCUCUGCAGGUUCGAGGAGGUCCGCUGCAGGAGGAGGAAGUGUGGGCCGUCCUGAACCAGAGUGCCGAGAGUCUGCAGGAACUCAUGCGCAGAGACCCGACUGCCCUGGGUUUCAUCAUCUCGCCGUGGUCUCUGCUGCUCAUGCCCUCCGGAAACAUCUCCUUCACAGAUGAGAAUGUGACUCAGCAGGACCUGGGAGCGUUCACCGCCCCGGAAGUGCUCGAGGGCCUCAACUUGUCCUCGCUCUCUGACAUAGAGAAGAUGCACAUGUACUCACUGGGUAUGACUCUGUUUUGGGGAGCAGAUUAUGAGAUCCCUUCAAGCCAGCCGAUGAAGCUAAGCGAGCACCUGAACAGUAUUCUGCUGAAGAUGUGUGAGGACUCUACCCUGACGCGCCUGUCCGCGCGCUCGCUCCUAGACGUCUGCAGCACACACGUCCGUAACUCCACGUGCGAUCCUUCUUUUUCUUAUGUGCGCAAACUGGUGCGCCUGGUGCUCGGCAGUCUGUCUCAGCUGGAUGGUUUGAUGUCCCAGACAGAUAGAGACUCGCUGCCUGAGAGGAGUAAAGAGAUCCGAGAUAGAUUGCGUGGUAAAGGCUUGCCUGCAGGUCGCAGCGCGGCCCAUCGCGUCCUGGAGCGUUACCGAGCUCGCACCCAGGAGCAGGCCACUCUGAACCGGGGUCUGAGCCGAUCCAUGGGCGCGCUGCCCACUAGCGACGAGAACGUCCAGCAGACCCCGCCUCCGUCCGAGACGUCUUCCGCACCGUUCGCACGACAACAAAAGGUUAAAGGUCAGCUUCUGGAGCCGGACCGCCGAUCGAUGCCGUACCACAGGAAGAAGAACUGGGCGUCGUCUGUGGAUUUAGCCUACUUGGACCCGGAAUUGCUUCGUUUCGGAGCGCUGGAAGACGCCCGGCGGGGAAGCACCGCCCUCAGUAUUCGCUCCUCCGGCAGGCCGAAGUCAGCCUCGAGGGUCCGAGAUGUGCCGUAUGGAGAUUUCGAAGGCUUGGAGGCCAGGAAGGGUCAUCAUCGUUCGGCGCAGUCGGUGGGCGGAGCUUAUGAUAAACUUCUAGAGAAACACAAGAAGUUGCACGCGCUCAGUCAGGCCAUCGACGACCCUAUGCUCACUCACAGGAGUUAUCAGAGUGACUACAGCUCCUCCAGCGAGAGUCCGUCAGUAACGUCAUCAGACCCAGACUACAGACAUGCCAAGAGGGUGGACGACCUGAAACGCUUCAGUUCACAAGCGGGACUGUCUGAGACCGACGGCAUGCAGCAGAGACACAGGCUGUACGAUGUAGGCCAGGAGGAAGCCUUCAGGACGGAGUUACUGAUGUCCAGGCCGGAGGACGUGAUUCAGAGACUGCCGACCCAAAUGUCCCGCUACAGCCUUUACCACGCGGACGAGCCGCGCGCCUCCAUGAACGACCUGCGGGAGACGAUGAAGACCAGCAUGAUGGACGUCAGCAGCCUUCAGACUCGCAAAGCCAAGACGUUUUUCGGUCCCGAGUUUGCAAAGAUGUCGACGGAGCCGUGCGUGGGCCUGAAAGUUCCCUCGUCCAUCAUGAAUAAGCGUGGGAAGGUGGAGGAGAGCCUGCGGAAGGUGUUUGUGGUGCUGCUGAACGGUCAGAAGCUGGAGGUGAGCUGUGACGUGAAGGUGGUGUGUAAGGACGUGUUGGACAUGGUGAACGCACACGUGGGGCUGGUGGAGCAUCACCUCUUCGGCCUGGCUUACCUUAAAGACGACGAGUUCUUCUUCAUCGACUCCGAUGCCAGAAUCUCGAAGCUGGCUCCCGACGGCUGGAAAGAAGAUCCAAAGAAAAGGAAAACGGACAUCAACUUCACGUUAUUCCUGCGCAUCAAGUUCUUCCAUGAUGACGUCAGCUUCAUCCAGCACCCCAUGACCAAGCACCAGUACUACCUGCAGUUGCGGAAGGAUAUUUUGGAGGAGCGAAUGCGUUGCAACAUGGAGAAUGCGAUGAUCUUGGCCUCUCUGGCGUUGCAGGCCGAGAUCGGCGACCACCAGCCCGAGCUUCAUGGAAAGACAUAUUUCAGGACGGAGCAUUACCUUCCUGCUAAUAUUAUGGAGAAGCUUGACCAAAGCUCCAUGAAAGAGGAACUCUCCAAAAUGCACAGCAACUACUACGGAGCCAAAGAGGACGAGGCCGAGUUCGAGUUCCUUAAGGUGAGUCAGCGCCUGACUGAGUAUGGCGUUCAUUUCCACCGUGUGCUGCCGGAGAAAAGAUCUCAGACAGGAAUCCAGAUGGGCGUCUCCUCCAGGGGCAUCCAGAUCUUCGAGGUGCUGAACGGAAACCGAACACCGGCUCUAAGGUUUCCCUGGAGAGACACCAAGAAGAGCUCUUUCAUCAAAAAAAAGAUUUGUCUGCAGAACUCAUCAGAUGGGAUUAAACACGUGUUCCAGACAGACACUCAGAAGACGUGUCAGUAUCUGCUUCAGCUGUGCCUAGAGCAGCACAAAUUCCACCAGCAGAUGAAAACAUGGCAGAGCAACCAGGAGCAGCAGGAGCUCGAAAACUCUCCCCUGAACAUGCUGCAGUAUCCCGUAGGUCCUGACAGUUUAGGCAGGGCUGUUAGCUUGUCCAGCUUAGCAGCUAGUGCUACAAUGAGCACCCGCUCCAACCCAGACAGCAUAAAGAGGAUGUCGAGCUCAGAGGAGCGAGCUUUUCCUUCCUUCAGCACAAACUCCAGCUCCAGGAUGAAGAGCCGCUCUCACCACAACCUGGGCGAGCUGCCCGAGUCUCCCAAGCACCAGGAGAUGCCGUUCACAUCUGUACAUCAUCGCGCUAGCUCCGAUACAGACUCCAUAACUGUUCAUGGACCGCAGGAGAGGUGGGAAAGUGCCUUCAGGUCCAUGGGCCGUGCUGAUGCCCCGAGCUGGAGCCCGAAACACCUAAAGAAGAGCUCGGACACGUCGUCCUGUGAAGAGAGUGGGACACCGUAUGUCGAAGGUGUUAGCAUGCAUGGCUCUGAUCUAUCCUCGACACCAGCCUCCUCAGUGGGAAUAACUGAUUCGCUGAAGAAAAACUUGGACAUGUUGCCCUCCCCGGAGCGCGAAAUUAAAAGCAUCAGUCUGAAGAAAGAUGUGAAGUAUGGCCUGGGCUUUCAGAUCAGUGGAGGAGAAAGUGCAGGUCGAACAGAUCUGGGCACCAUCAUCAGCUCCAUCACUCCAGGGGGUCCUGCUGACAUCGAUCAACGCCUGAAACCAGGUGACCGUCUGCUCAAAGUGAACAGUAUCAGUGUUGAAGGUCUUUCUCAUGAGGAAACUGUGGAGAUCUUGCAGAGUUCUCAAGAUGAUGUCACACUGCUGGUGUCACAGCCCAAAGAGCGACUGUUUGCAGACUCUCCUUCAGAUCUCUCUCACUACAAAGACAAGUCGGGACAGGAAAUGGACGUGGAUUCUUCCUCCGAAGAGCUGGCUCAUACCUUCCCCCUAGUCCCCGGUAAGACCGUAGCAGGAAGCUUCCCACAGACACAACUCAACGGCGUGUACCAGAAAGAUGAAAGCGGGGCUGAGUCCACCCCUCCGGCGCUGCCCCCCAAAACCAGGAAGUCGAAAAGCCCUGAAGCCCCAAGAGAACCAGAAGUCUCAGACAGAGGAGACUCGGAUAUGGACGAGGACACACACUCGAGUAACCAGGACAAACAAAAGUCCAUGAAGGAUGACUCAGUCAUGGACGGUUUAAGUGGUAAUGGCCCAGCAGUCAAUAGUCUCCAGCCCGGAGAUCUAUUUGACGUUGAGCUGUCCAAAAUAGACAGCAGUCUGGGCAUUAGUGUCACGGGCGGCUCCAAUACCACAUUGAGGCAUGGCGGGAUCUACGUCAAAGGGAUCGUUCCUAUAGGAGCAGCCGACCUAGAUGGAAGAAUCAAGAAAGGAGACCGUGUGGUGGCUGUGAAUGGGAAGAGUCUGGAAGGAGCCACUCAUAAGGAGGCAGUGGAGGCUCUUAGAGAUACGGGACAGCUGGUCCAUCUGUUGUUGGAGAGAGGGCAGUUCCCGGAGGACAGAGUUCAUGCUCCUCUCACUCCUCAGGGUACUUCAUUGGUUCAAGACAGCAAAUCUCAACCUCGGAGUGUUGCGAGAAAACCCCAGCCAGAGUACAGCUUCAUUACCCCAGAUAACGUGUUUGAAGUGAACUUGCUGAAGAACACCUCUGGUCUCGGGUUCAGCUUCAGCCGGGAGGAGAACGUUCCGGAUGAGCCGCUCUGUACCAGCAUGGUCCGGGUAAAGAAGCUGUUCCCUGGACAGCCGGCUGCCGAGAGCGGUCUGAUCCAAGUCGGAGACGUCAUCCUGCGUGUCAAUCAGACGCCACUCAAAGGGCUCACGCAGCAUGAGGUGAUAUCGGCUUUAAGAGGGACAGGUCAGGACGUGACGUUAAGGCUGUGCAGGCCCGAAGCUGGAGUUCUUCCUGACGUGGAUUCCUCUAACCAAACCCCCACACCAUCCCCUCGUAAAGAACCUCCUCCGAAGCCAAAACUUGCCCCGAAACCGAUGUCUUCCACAGAGGAUGAGAGACAGAAUUCCUUGGCCAUGGUAGAACAGGCUCUGGAGAGGAUGCUGAUGAAGUCGCCAAGCCGCAGAGACAGCUACAGUGACAGUACUGAUGAUGAUGAGAAUGAAGAGGGACUCGGUUCACGAGGUCCAAAGUCCACUUGGGAGGUGGACGAGACCAUCCGCUCUGCGUACACCAAAGCCAGCCAGCCUCCUGACAGGGCAGAGGCCAGCCGGAGGCCUCCUCCCUCGUCCCCUAUUCUCUCGUCUCCAGCUCUUCCUGAAGCAGGCAUGCUAAACCUCAGUUCUCACUCUUUGACCCCUGCACUUCCCACCCCCCUCAACUUCACACUUCCAGAGCAAAGUCCAGAAGUAGAUGACUUCCUGCCUGAAGUAGAACUCAAGGUUUCUUUGGUGAAGUCGGACAAAGGAAGCUUGGGCUUUACGCUGACCAAAGGGAACGACAACAACUGUUACAUCCAUGACAUCAUCCAAGAUCCUGCAAAAGGCGACGGCAGACUCCACCCUGGCGAUCGCAUGAUAAUGGUAAAUAACAAUGAUGUUUCAGGUAUGAGUCACACUGAAGUGGUAAACAUCGUCCGAGCUGCACCGCGGGUGGUCGAUCUGGUCGUAGGACGAAUCCUGGAUGCCCCUAAACCACCAAUAGAUGCCCACCUUCUGCCCGACAUCACCUUCCAGUGCCCCACCGACUCACUGGGUCUGGUGCUGGACGGAGGCAAGGGCAGCGAGGUCGGUGUCCUGUAUGUGAAGGACAUCAUCCCGGGGUCGGUGGUCUCCACGGACGGAACCCUAAAGAAACUGGACCUCAUUCAUUACAUUAACGGAGCGCCGACGAACGAGCUGACGAUCAGCGAGAGCCGAAGACUUCUGCAGCUCAAACCGCAAGAGCUCACUCUCAAAGCCACCAGGGACGGGAAACCUGUGUGUCCUGAGAAGGAGAGAGUCUCGAUCCUGAACAACAACAACGUCAGCUCGAAAACCAACACGUCGACAAGUAUGAACGGUUAUCUUCAUAGUAAUGAUCAUGCUUUGGAAGCCAUUUGUCCCUCCGAGGAGCAGAUCAUCAAGCUGCAGUUGGAGAAGCCUCCAGGUGGCAGUCUGGGUUUCUCCGUCAUCGGAGGGGAGAGGGGCAUUUUUGUGAAGUCCGUCACUCCUGGAGGCGCAGCACACACUGACGGCACGUUACAGGUCGGGGAUCGUCUGCUUAAAGUAAACGACGAGCUGAUGACAGGUGUGUCGCAUUCUAAAGCGGUCAUGACCAUCCGAAAAGCCAAAGGUGUCGUUCACCUGAUAGUGUCUCGCCCUCCUGAUCAGACUCCCAGCACCUACCUGGGCUUCCUGCCUCUAAGCUCCAGCAACGGAAACACGGACGCGAGUGACGACAGUGGAGUCAAAACAAAACUCGGCAGUUCACCAGAGACACGAAAAUCCAAAAGUCCCCCUGACCUUCCACCUAUAGAUUAUAAUACAGGCUCUUUAGAAAAAAGACUAGCAGCUGAGGAGUCUGAAGACACCGACUGUGACGGUUCGUCUCUCCCGGAAGAUUCUCCAGAGCCGACAAGGAGGACGGAAUGGAGAGAGGAAACUGUGGACAGUCCACAGAACGACAGUUACCUGCACUCGUCUUCGGGACAGCUGGACGAGGACGAGGUCACGUGGAGCAGCGAUGAACUCCCCAUCGAUAACAUCUACUCAAAAUUCACAGAAGAUGGACCGAUCAUCACAGAGGAGGAGCUGACCUCUCUGCCCCUGGUCAGAGUGGUUCCCAAUGGCCAGUACACCGGCCCGAAGCUCAACUCCGUGGUGAGGAUGAUGAGAGGACUGCUAGAGCAGAAGGUCCCGUUACAGGAGUUUGAGAAUCUGCAGAACUUACAGCCGCUGGACGACUGUUUGAUCGGACAGACUCAGGAAAACAAGAAGAAGAACCGUUACAAAAACAUAGUGCCCUUUGACACCACCAGGGUGACUCUGGGCAAAGACGGCGGCUACAUAAACGCCAACUUCAUCAAGAUGCCCGUGAAGGAUGAGAGCUUUCUGUACAUCGCGUGCCAGGGUCCACUUCCGACCACGCUGGCAGAUUUCUGGCAGAUGGUCUGGGAGCAGAAGUCCAACGUCAUCGCCAUGAUGACCCAGGAAGUGGAAGGAGGAAAGGUGAAAUGUCAAAGGUACUGGCCCGACACACCGCUCACGCCGCAGAUGGUGGACGACAGGCUGCAGGUCACGCUGGUCAAGGAUCAGCACCUGGACAACUUCAUCAUCCGUCUUAUAGAGGUCAAGGACGUCCAGACGAAUGAAAUCCAGAGAGUGAGUCACUUGAACUACACGGGCUGGCCCGAUCACGGCACUCCCAUGCAGCCUGAGCAGCUCCUGACCUUCAUUUCCUACAUGAGACACAUCUACCAGUCAGGGCCCAUCAUCACCCACUGCAGCGCCGGCAUUGGCCGAUCAGGAACGCUCAUCUGCUUGGACGUCGUUCUUGGUUUGAUCAGCAAAGAUACGGAUUUUGACAUCUCGGAUGUGGUGAGGACAAUGAGACUGCAAAGACAAGGCAUGGUGCAGACAGAGGAACAGUAUAUUUUCUGUUACCACGUCAUCCUGUACGUGCUCAGAUGUCUACAGGCUGAGGAGAAGAUGUCAGGAUAGAGACGUCACUGUCUUCCUACACUCUCUCUCUCUCUCUCUCUCUCUCUUUCUCUCUCUCUCUCUCCAAACCACCAACAAGAACUUUUUCACACUUCCUCAGAUCAAAUUAACAUAUUCACAAUUUUUUUUUUUUUUUUUGGUACAUUCCUGUCGCUUCCAUUCCCUCCCACUGAACGCUUUGGAAAAACUAUUGAUAUUGACUUUAUAAAGUUAUUUUCUUUACUACUUUUUUAAGGAUCUUUUACUGAUGUUAAAAUCGAAUAAAUUCAUAUUUUAAGGGGAUUUUAUUGCUGCCUGGACAGGAUACGACGACAGUAUUUGCUUUGUAAAUCGUUUCCCAGCCGCUAAGUGCCAGUGACGAUCACUGAAAUGAAAGUGUACAUAUUUAGCUCCUGUACGAUGUGGAUAUGGUGUUUAAGCUGUUACAUACUGGACAAUUCGCAAUUUGUAAAUAAAAGAUUAUCAAACCCUGA